AUGGGUAAUGCCACCACCUCCUCAGAUCCCUCGCUGCCGCCUCUGGAGAAACCAAAUGUCCCAACUCCGCCCGCUGAGGAGAAUGCGCGUGUUCAGUCGACUAUCAAAACCUUGAACUUGAUCCCUCACAUUGAAGGCGGAUACUUCCAGCUCAGUGAUUCGUCCCCAAGGUCUAUCCCAUCUCCCUACGCGGCCACGCCGCUCAGCGAGGACUCUCUCAAGUACGCUGGUGCCAAGCCGGCAGGGGAUACGCGUCUCAUGAACACGUCCAUCUUCUACUACCUCACGCCCAACUCGCCUAAGGGCAGCUUCCACCGGAACAGAUCAAGGAUCAUCCAUACCCUGCACAGAGGUCGCGGACGGUACGUGGUGAUACACGAGGACAAGUCCAUCGAGACCUUUGUCGUGGGGAACGACAUUGAAAAGGGCGAGAGGUUGCAGUGGGUUGUGGAAGGGGGGAGUUGGAAAGCAAGUUUUCUGCUUGAUGAUGGCGCUGACGAGGGGAACUUUGGACUUUUGAUUACGGAGACUGUUGUUCCGGGGUUUGACUACUCUGAUCACGAGUUUAUGAGCCAGGAGUUGUUUGAAGAGACUGUGGAUAAUGAAGAGGACAAGAAGCAGCUGCGCUGGCUCAUCAAGCAGGACUAUAGCUCUUCUACCUAG